GUGGAAUCUAUUUUAAGAAUUAAGACUUAAGAGUACCAUCCAUAAGCAAUGUAAAUCUUAAAACGUAAUUUCCCAAACUCUUUUUUUUCAUUAACUAACUUUAAUCAAUCAUCAAAUUUUAUUACCUUACUUUUGUAUUCUGAUUUUGAAAAGAAAAUAGGUUGAAGUUUGUUGUUGGGCAGUUACGCUGACGGUUUUCUCUUUGAAACAAGAAGAAGAAGAAGAAUGAAUGACUUCGUAGUUUGCUAAGAGAAAUAAUCCCAUAAAAGUGGGCAGUACAAAAGGUUUAAAAGCAUAGGAAAAGUUGAAAAUAAAAAAGAAAGAAAAAUUAUGCUACCUAAACUAAUUAAGAAUAGGAAAAGUCAAAACAAGUAAGAAUAGGAAAAGUCAAAACAAGUACAAAAUUGGGAGUUAAAUAAGCCCUUAAUUAGAAAAAGGAAAAAUAAAAAUAAAAAAAAGUCGUAAAAUUCGUUGGAAUUAUUUUUUUUUUUUUAAAAAGAAGAGUUAAAUAAGCCCUUAAUUAGAAAAAGGACUUUUUUAAAAAAAAAACAGGUGUAAAAUUCGCUGGAAAAAAUUUAAAAAAAGAAAUGCUACUGCUGGAUUUGAACCCUCGACAGUGGCUUUGCGCGCCUCUUAUUGCAGAGGUUUAAACCAGCUCACCCACAGCUGCUUUUGUUCUAUAGGUGCUCAUUUAAAUUAUAAUAACAUAUGUAUCAUAUUUUCUAUAUAUAUAUAUAUACAAAAAAUUUCGGAAAUCAAUGGGUGCUCGAGCACCCGCGUCUGGCUUACUGGGUCCGCCCCUGAUAUUAUACCAACAUGGGUUGUAGUACAUUGGUGGGAGGUAUCCAUUCUUGAUCAGAGAUCUCAGGUUUGAGCCCAGGGUAAGGAGAAAAUUCUGUUGGCCCCGUCACCCCCGAACGGAUCGUACACUGCCGAUCCGAAUUUAGUCGGGCUUGAAUGUUGGUGGGAAACCAAAAAAAAAAGUCUUAAUAUAAUUAUUAAGUUUAACUUAUAAUAAUAGGUAACCAUACAUGGCAAGGUUAAUAUGAAAAUCUAAAAAUCGAAACAGAAGACCUUUUUAUUUUACAAUAUUCAUAUAAAUAACUUAAAUCCUUUAUAAAUGAAAGGAGGACAUAUAUAUAUGAGCCACAAGUCUAGUGUCGCUUUUGUGUUUCUCAAUGGACACUUUUCAUCAACAAACCAACACACCUAAAGAAUUCAUGUAUCCCAAAGAAGACUUAAUACAAGCACAAGAAGAGCUAAGUGAACCAAUAAUAGACCUAAUUGGAGACAUCAAUUCUGUGUCCAUGCUUGUGAAAACAGCUUGCUUGAACCAUGGAUUCUUUCAAGUUAUAAACCAUGGAGUUGAUUCUCAAUUAAUUAACAUGGCUCAUGCUCAUGUCAAUCAUUUCUUUAAGCUUCCAUUAGAAGUAAAACUAAAGGUUCAAAAACAACAUGGUAGUUUAUGGGGUUAUUCAAGUGCCCAUGCAGAGAGAUUUACUUCAAGAUUGCCAUGGAAAGAAACAUUAUCCUUCAAUUUUCAUGAAAAUUGUGGCUCUAAUAAGAGUGGUAUUGUUGUUGAUUUCUUUGAAUCUCCACUUGGAAAAGAAUUUGAACAAAUGGGAUUGGUGUUUGAGAGAUACUGCAAGAAAAUGAAGAGAGUAGGACUUCUAAUCUUGGAGAUACUUGGUAUAAGCCUUGGUGUAGAUAAAUGUUACUACAAAGAAUUUUUCAAAGAUACAAGUUCUAUAAUGAGAUGUAAUUUCCAUCCAACUUGUCAAGAUCCUAAUUUAGUCUUUGGAACUCCACCUCAUUGUGAUCCAAAUUCAUUGACAAUUCUUCAUCAAGAUCAAGUUGGAGGAUUGGAAGUCUUUGUUGAUAACAAAUGGAAAUCAGUCCAACCUAGGCAUGAUGCACUUGUCAUCAAUAUUGGUGACACUUUUACGGCACUAUCAAAUGGAAUAUACAAAAGUUGCUUGCACAGAGCAAUUGUAAAGAGACAAGUUGAAAGGAUAUCUUUGGCUUUUUUCUUGUGUCCAAAGGAAGACAAAGUGAUAGUACCCCCACAACAUCUUCUUGUCUCCAACUCAAGAAUUUAUCCUGACUUCACAUGGUCUGAUUUGCUCUAUUUUAUACAAAAUCACUAUAGACCUGAUCAUGCUACUCUACAAAACUUCACUCUUUGGUUCCUUUCUUCUAAGAAGACAUAGCAAAAAACAGAAACAAAUUAAAUGUAUAUCUACUUUGUCCCUUGCCUUCUAUAUAAAAUAUGAUUGUCGGCGCAUUGUAGGGCCCAUUCGAGUGGCGCUUCUAAUAAGAUUUUUUCUAUAUUUAGGUUUCAAACUCGAGACUUUUUGUUAAGGGUGAAGCAGUACUUUCACCAGUGCACCAUAACAUGUCGGCGUAUUAUAUUUUAUUAGAGAUUUUGACGUAAGUAGAGAACUUUUAGUACUUCUAUUUUUAUAAGAGAUUUCGAUGUAAGUAGAGAAAUUUUAGUACUUUUAUUUU